AUGCGCUCGUCGUCGGGCAUCGGGCGAGAAGUUGCCCUAAAGUUGUCGUCUUUGGGCGCGGAUGUAGUGAUCACUGGUCUGGAAGAGGACGGCAUCCAUGAAGUGGUCAACACAUGUCAGACACAAUACAAACGCAGAGCAAUCGGAGUUUUUGGUGACUUAACUGACGAUACGUUUGUGAAGAGUUUGGUUGACAAGACUAUCGUUGAGUUUAACACAAUUGAUAUUCUAGUCAAUAACGCCGGCAUUCUUAUGAACUCGGGCAUUGAAAACCCGGAAUACAUUAACACAUUUGACCGCAUUAUACGAGUCAAUGUAAGAGCGAUGCAAUUGUUGACACAGCUAUCGGUGCCAUAUCUGGUGGCCAGCAAUGGAUGCAUUGUUAACACAUCGAGUGUGUGCGCAGCUAAGCCGGUACAAUCUUAA